AUGGAUUCCCAAUAUCAUGUCACCGAUCGUGCCCUUGGCGCGAAGAACACCCUUACAACUUACUUUGAGAAGGCUCUCGGCACACCAACAGGGCAGAAGAUCCGUUCGUUCUAUUCAACUGGUGGAAAGUCAUUGCUUGAUAUCCACAACGAAGCUAAGCGACUUGCAGACUUGAGGAAGAGCGAGAAUAGGCGUUCCGCGGAACUUGGUGCAACUGCUGAUGGAAACCCGUUCGUUGGCCCUGAGAAGACUACUUGUGCUUGUGGAGGGAACGAGGGUGUUUGCUCUUGCGAACCCGGGAAGUGCGCUUGCGCGGGCUGUGACAUGAAGGGAGUGAAAAAGGAUGCUAAAAGCGCACAAGUUCAGUUCAGUGAGGCCGCUACCGAUAUCGGGAACACCGCAAAAGAUUUGUAG